UUUAUCCGUUACAGGAGGGCGAGCAUAGGGAUAGAAUCUAUUGCGAAUCAAUUGAUUCGUUCGGUUCUGAUCCCUCUCCGCCGAUCUCCUUGCUGUCGAAUCACCACCACAACGGGGUCCAGACAGCCAAGAUCGUCUGGCCCCGCGUGCCCAGCUCCGAGGAGGGCGAGGCUGCCGAGGUCGAGUUCGCCAGCGGGAGCCACGGCGGCACCGGCGCCGAGAGCCUCGACUACGAGGUGAUCGAGAAUUACGCCUACCGCAAAGAGCGGGUAGAGUUUGCCCUAGGCGCAGAGAGGAAAACUCUGUGUUAUGUGGUCCUCAAAUGGUUGUUCUCUUUAGUUAUUGGCAUCGGUUGUAUCCUUCCCUUGUGUUGUUAAAGUUAGAGAUAUCAUCUCUGUGUUAUGGAGCAACAAGCACAAUGGCUUCCCAGUGAGUCAGAACUGCAGCAAAUUGUCUAUAUACUAAGCUUGCUGAUUGCUGAAGCUAUUUCACAUGGUUUUACAUUAAGGUGAUAGAUCACAAACAGAAUGGAGAGGCGCUUGGUAUUGGUCUCAUCCUUCGCAGUCACUUGUUGGUACUUCUAUAGUCUAAAAUGGAUUUUCAGAACAGUCCUUUUCCUUGUGAUAUGAGGGGAAUAUCCAACAGGCAGAACUUCAGUGAUUUUGUCAAAACUGACUCAAGUAAUGGAUUGUCCACAGAGGAUAUUCAUCUGACUGAGGAUGAACUGGAACUCUACUUAGAUCUUGCCUCGUACUUAAACCCUGCCCCAUAUAUUGUGCCAGAAGAUUUGUCUUUGGCAAAGGUGUACAAUCUAUUCCGACAGUCGGGCCUGAGGCAUAUAUUUGUUGUCCCUUGCCCUUCUCAUCGUAUAGGUUUGGUUACUAGGAAGGAUUUGUUAAUUGAGGAAAGUGAUCAUUCAGCAACCAUGGAACUUUCAUCAACUAGUGGAAGGUCUUGAGCUGCUUCACCUUAGUUAUCCAUGCUUUAAAAAUUUUGAUUUUUCCUUUUCUUUCAUGUCAAGUUUUUGUGAUAUAUUUUACUAUCAAUGACCUAGCUAUAGUUGUCCUUUGAAUCACAGUUGCACAAAUAGAGAUAUGGGAUAAGAAUAUAAGACCACAUGUAGUUUGAUACUUGUAUAUGUAUAUACAUAUACAUAUAUAUAUGUAUGUACAUAUACAUAUAUAUAUGUAUGCACAUACAUACAUAUAUAUAUAUAUAUAUAUAUAUAUAUAUAUAUAUAUAUAGAGAGAGAGAGAGAGAGAGAGAGAGAGAGAGAGAGAGAGAGAGAGAGAGAGAGAGAGUUUUGUGGUAGGUUCCUCUUUGUGGGAAUUGAGGCUCUGAUUCUAUCAUGACAAUCCACCUGAUAGGAUGUUCGCUCAGUAUAUGUAUGUAUGUGGAUGUAUGCAUCAAUUGCAUAAUGUAUGAAAGGUUUGGUUUUCUUAAUGAGAAAUCUAUAUGUGCAACCUAA